AGGGGCAGGGAGAGGCUUCAGCUCGGGGGACAACCAUGGAGGGGGACUGUCUCAGUUGCAUCAAGUACCUCAUGUUUGUCUUUAAUUUUCUCAUCUUUCUGGGAGGCUCCUUCCUCCUAGGAGUGGGGGUGUGGGUGCUAGUUGACCCCACAGGAUUCAGGGAAAUCGUAGCCGCCAACCCUUUGCUGUUCACUGGAGUCUACAUCAUCCUGGGCAUGGGAGGGAUGCUCUUCCUCCUGGGCUUCCUGGGCUGCUGUGGAGCCAUUCGUGAGAACAAGUGUCUUCUCCUUUUUUUCUUCAUGCUCAUCCUGCUGAUCUUCUUAGCAGAGCUGGCUGCUGCCAUCCUUGCCUUCAUUUUCCGAGAGCACCUCACCAGAGAGUACUUCACCAAGGAGCUGAAGAGUCAUUAUCAGGGCUACAACAACAGUGACGUCUUCACAUCCACAUGGAACGCCAUUAUGACCACAUUUGACUGCUGUGGAGUGAACAGCCCAGAGGAUUUUAAGGACAGCCUGUUCAGGCUGAACAACCAGAAUCACAUGGUGCCAGAAGCCUGCUGCCAGCGCGUCCUUGUGAACGGAGAGAGAGUCUAUAGCAGCCAGGAGCAGUGCUUAUCAGGCAAUAUGAUGUUCCGCUAUAACAAGGGCUGUUACUCUGCCGUGGUCGACUACUUUGAACUAUACAUCUACGUUGCUGGAGCCCUGGCUAUUGUAGUGCUAACCAUUGAGCUUUUUGCCAUGGUUUUUGCAAUGUGUCUCUUCCGGGGCAUCCAAUAGAAGUGCUUCGUUUGCAAACUUCUUUUUUUCUUGAACAAAAAGGGAAUUCAGGAGAAGAAAGAACCGAAGCGGACAUUUGUACAUUUGUGGAUCUUCUUUUUCUUUAUUGUCUAAUUGUUUUUUUGUUUUGUUUUUUAAAGUACUUCACAGCUGGACUUUUGAGGUACUGGGUGACAAACAGAAAAGCAGACACAGAAACCACUUCAAAAGUUUCAGAUUGGUAGAAUAAUUGGUGGAAGCAGUAAUUAGUGGACCAGGUCUGGCACAGACUGGCUGUAAAGCAGGCCGAGGAGGAAGACCGGGUGAAGCCUGAGCAGAAGGCACUGCACUGACUUUUGGAUGAAGAAUAUUUAUAUAAAGUUGCGCUGGCUUAAAGGAAUAGUACACCCAAAACAUGAUUAGCCUUCAUUUUCUACUCACCCCCAUGCUGAACAACACUCUGGAGUACUUUUUUGAUAUC